GGCCACCCUGCUUGUCUCUGGUCUGUGGAUCAAAAAACCUAACCUUAUAGUAAAUCAAAAUAUCUUCUCUGUGAGUCACUGAAGAAAACAAAUAAGAGCAUCUUUCGCUCCUUUAAGCUCGUAUUCCGGUUUUGCAAUUAUUCAAAACGUCGGUUUAUAUGUUCGAAACUGAAUCCAGUACCAUGUCGGGAAAGACGACGAUCAAAGGGAAUCCGUCCCAAUAUGUGAAGUUAAAUGUUGGGGGCUCUUUGCAUUACACCACUAUUGGCACCCUAACGAAGCAUGAUACCAUGCUGCGGGCCAUGUUUAGUGGGCGAAUGGAGGUUCUGUCGGAUUCCGAUGGCUGGAUUCUAAUAGACCGAUGCGGCAAACACUUUGGCACCCUGUUAAACUUCCUCCGAGAUGGAAGCGUUUCCUUGCCAGAAUCAAGCAGGGACACCGCAGAACUGCUAGCAGAAGCAAAGUACUAUUGUAUUGAAGAACUAGCUGAAUCGUGCAAUAAGGCCUUGCAUAAAAAGGAGCGCGGCGAACAUGAUCCUAUUUGCAUGGUUCCACUGAUAACUUCCCUCAAAGAAGAGGAGACAUUGAUCAGCUCCAACUCAACCAAACCGGCGAUCAAACUGCUGAUUAAUCGCCACAAUAACAAAUAUUCGUAUACUUCAACCUCAGACGAUAAUCUGCUGAAGAACAUUGAACUGUUCGAUAAACUGUCCCUAUGGUACAGCAAUCGGGUGAUGUUUUUAAAGGAUGUCAUCAGCACAGGCGAGAUUUGCUGCUGGAUAUUUUAUGGGCAUGGGAAAAAAGUGUCUGAAGUGUGUUGCACUUCGAUAGUUUACGCCACCGAUAAAAAGCACACAAAGGUGGAAUGUCCAGAAGCGCGCAUCUACGAGGAAACACUGAAUAUUCUGCUGUACGAGAACCGAAAUGCCCCCAAUCAGGAGCUGAUGCAAGCGACCUCAACAAGGGCAGCCGUAAGCGGCAUGUCUUCUUACACGAGCGACGAGGAGGAAGAACGCUCAGGUAUAGAACGCUUGAGGUCUAAUAAAAGUAGCAACACCAGCUGAUUUAUCAGGAAAAGUAGGUCUUUGCCAAAAUCCAAGCAUUGUUAAUCUAUUUCAUUUCAUUAUACAGCACAACUUUUAUAAUCCAAUGACAAACUCAACUGGAUGAAGAAUUAUCAGUUGCGAGUUAAAGCGUUAUCGUCUAGGUAUUUUCGCGGUUAAAAAAAUGCGAUAAAGAUUAUCAAAGUUGUACUGUGUUUAUUAAAUUAAUCUAUUCUUCUACUUCACUUUUAGCACUGUGUUUAUAAUGUGUUUUUAACGGGGUUUAGAGCGAUGUUAAGCAGAAGUGGGUCCUUUUUCAGGUAAAUUCUGUUCUUGAUGGGCUUAGAUUUAAUAUCGGGAAUUGGAUCGGUGUUAAAAUAACGGUGGUUCUUCAAAUUUCCGAUAUUUUGCCGUAAAUCUCCACAAAUUUGCGAAGCAGCAUUUUUUGUUUGCAAAAGUGUGUUUUGUAUUUUCGUGCUUUUGGUUGAUAAAUUAAAAAAUGUAAAUCGUCGGCAAUUUUAAAGCGCAGACUUUUCUGUUAUGUUGAUCCAAAUCCCCAUAAACACAAGAGUGGUAAAAGCUGCAUCGUUACAUUAUAUUUAUCGUUUAACGUUUUAUUCCUCGGAUGAACAGUUUUGAGAUUGAAAACCAUCACAGUUUUCGAAUUUUGUUCGCACAAGCCUCAGUCUAGUCAUUGAGCUGAUAAAUGUGGGCUUGGCUGCAAAACUAGAGAACCUUGAGUAUCAGGGUGUUAAUAGACUAUAAAUAACUAUAACUAGCCGUUUAAAAUAUAGGAAAACCAUGGAAGGAUAGCCAAAUUAUAGGCAAGUUGAUGUAUGUGUUUAUUAUAAACCUUGUAGUUGGCUAUUCAAAGGCACAUACUCUAAUGUGGAGUUUGGUGCAGUUUUUACAGUAUUACAUGAACCGUUUUAUUCAAGAUAAUUGAUUAAUAGCAUUUUAAUUAUCAUGCUACCGAGCAGAGCACUUUUCAAAGGUAGUUUCCCCUGUAUGUCCAAACUAACGACUGAGUCACUGUUUGUUGUAGUCUAACGUUUAUCAAAUCCGCAAUUCAUUGACUGACUGGUUUAUACGGCGUAAGGACUAGAUGUAUGUACCUCCCCAUCGCAUUAAUUCGUGUACUGUAAUGUUGAUGUUAGCAUGUGAAUGUUGGUCCUUUCCUUUCAAUAUCUGUGCUUAAAUUUGAUGUUUCUAAACAGUGCUCAACGCAGGCGUUUUAUCAAAUCCACGAAUAAAUCACAAUCAAUUUUUUUGUCUAAUUGUUAUAUCGUUUCGAUGUUUAGCAGCUUUCUGACUUGGUGCAUUUGUAUGUGUGUUUCAGCGGUAAACUGAGCCUGGCUCUCCGUUGCCAUCCACCAACCCCGUUCUCCACCAACACCACCCAUUACCGCCCAACAAUACCCGUUGUCUUGUCCGCCUAACCGUUUGACCGGAGCUUUUUUGCCGUUCAUGUCUUGUGUUAUGCGUUGCUGGUAUCCGCGUCGCAUGUUUUUGUCUCGCCGUCGGAACGCUUCUAAUUAGGUAGGUAACUUAUCCACAUUAAACCAGAGACUACUUGCAAAACCCCCAUAUAACGAACGUCGCUGUAAUUGAUACAUUGUGCCCCUAGCGUAUGUUUAGUAAUACUGUGAUGUUAAUAUUGUAGCAUUAUUUAUUUUUAAUAUAGGUCAAUGAUAACUGAAAUGCUGCGAGCUUCUGUACUAAAUAGACACGUUGAAACCA